AUGCUUAAGCCGAUGGGGAAGAAGCACGUCUUGGAUGAAUGGCGCAGCGCUCCGUUAGUUGCGCCGAGUGGACCGAAGCUUCCCGCGCACUUACGCCUCCUUCUGGUGCCCAAUGGAGCCGCGUUAAGGCUGCAGCUGCGCUAUCAAAAGUACCAAGACAAAGUGCGCAAGCUGCUCAAGAGGGCGGACGCGAGUCAGCAGCAAGAACACGCAGCCAAAGCCUCCGGUCGCGUUGUGGCCACGUCCAGUAUGGCGCUAGCCGACUGCGACGACGACGAGAGCGACUGUACACGCCAGCACGGCUUCGUCAACGUGAUGGAGCCGACGUGGCUGCUGUCGUCCAUCGACCAGCGUUGCGCCGAGACCGCGAGCUCUCUGAUGACACAGAGCUCCAUCAAGACCCCACCAGGCCUCGCACGUCAACUGGCCGACGUGCGACUGGCUGUACUGGAUUUACUCUUCAUCUGUCGCUCUGGAGUGGACGUGAAUCUACUGGGACGACCUCCGUCUUCUGCUGGUACUCACCACCGAAAUCUCGUCGAGAGAGUCAAAGCGUCGAACCCAACGGAGUUGAAACGCGUCACUCAGAUCUUUGAGGGCUUAAAGUCCGAUAUGUUUAUGCCUGCUGUUCGCUGUCUGGGCUGGUUGCUCACGAAGACGUGGCGGCUUCUCUUUAACGGGCUUCACGUGGACUUGGAGAGUCUCCAUCAUGUACGUCGCGUACUGGAAGCGUCCGAGGGAGACGUGAGCGUCGUGUUUGCGCCCACCCACAAGAGCCACUUGGACUAUCUGAUCAUCAGCUACUUGUGCUUCGCGUAUGGCAUCCCCUUGCCUCGUAUCGCAGCUGGGAACAACCUGGAUCUGCCUCUUGUGGGCUCGUUUCUACGUGCUAACGGCAGCUUCUUCAUCCGUCGGUCGUUCAAGGACGAUGAUCUGUAUAAAGAGGUAUUGGAACAGUAUGUACACGAGUUACUGGAGGACGGGAACCCUGUGGAAGUCUUUAUCGAAGGUGGACGAUCACGUCAUGGGCGAGUGUGUAAACCCCGAUUGGGGUUCAUGUCGAUGUUCCUCAACUACGUGAAAGCAGCGUCUGAUGAAGACGUCAACAAGGAGAAGAAGACGGUCUUGGUCGUCCCCAUCGCGCUGGACUAUGACAAGGUCUACGAGGUCGAUGGAUACGCCAACCAGCUGCUCGGCAAGCCCAAGGAGAAGGAGAGUCUGGCUGUGUUGCUUCGGUCUGUGUGGGAUCUCUUCUUCCUCCGUCUUGGCCACUCGUACGUGCGCUUUGGAGAGCCUGUGCCUCUUACUGAAACGUCGUCACUUCAGACGUCCUCGGAGCUGGUAGCUGAGCGCAUGCAGACGUCUGGAACCAUCACGUCGACUGCGAUUGUGGCUGCGUUGCUCAUGUGGAAGCGCGCGUAUGUGACGCAAGAAAUGCUGGAGACACGCACUGUGUGGCUCGUGGAGGAGCUGGAGAAACGAGGAGCCACUGUAGCUCACGUGGAGAACGAUGACAUCGCUGAACACGCGCUGGCAGUUUUGAACGUAGAGACGAAAGCAAACGGCGUUGUGACUCCCCAUUUGCAGUACCCAGUGCGAGCGUUGGAGCUCGGCUUCUAUCGUAACCACUUGUUACACAUUUUCCUGCCUGAAAUGGCGCUUUUUGGAGCUCUGGAUGCUGCUCUACGUCAACGUUCUAAAUGUGACGAAAGUUACGCAAGUCACAAAGUGGAUAUCUGGACGGUGAAACAACAAGCUCGGAUGAUCUGGAACUUCUUACGCCACAUUUGUCGUCACGAAGCUAUUGACGUUGACGCUCGCGUGGACCACUUCUUCUCGGAGGCUUCCGAGUGUCAAGUGGACGAGUCUUCGGGCACCGUGACGGUGGAUGUGAAGAGCUGGAACAAUUCAAAGUUGACGAGCUUCGUGCUGUCGUUGAACUGGUCGUUCAUGGACUCGCUGUGGCUCACGACUCAGGGAAUUUGGAGUCUUCUUGACGAGGAUGUGGAACACACAGAGCGCGAUGUUGUACGUCGUGUGCAAGUGUUGGCGAAGGAAUUGUUCCUGCGUCAACAGCUGGGUCACGCUGAAGCUCUGUGUAGCGAGAGUAUCAAGCAAUCUCUGGACUUUUUGGUGGAGAGCAACGUGGUGCGCUUCGAGCGGGCUCAAGGCGGCAAGUCGAGGGUGAUGCGACUCUGCGUAGACGUCCGCGCUCUUGGAAAUCUCACGCAGGAGGUGAAUGCACGUCGGAAACCUCACUCGUUCUUGUGGCGUGGAGACGAGCUGCCACGUAACUUAACACGUGAGGAAGUCCUGGAACUUAUGCAAGCAGCUCAAGGCUCUCGUAGCGUCUACGCUAAGUGGAUGGCGCCUCCGACUCCGGUCUAA